ACCUCCGGGACAGCAAGCAAAUCGUGGCAAAAAUGUGUCUGCAAAUAGGAAAGAAUCUCAAAAUUUGUUGGCGAAAAUACGCAAAGAGUACGUCAAUAUUACGUUCGCAAAGUCGUUGAUAUUCGAUCCUGCACGGCUGCCGUUUAUUUCGGUGCUUAUCCUCGUGGCCGAGCUCGUUCUAAAUGUGUUCAUCGUGCAAAAUGUACGGUACACCGAAAUCGACUGGAAGGCUUAUAUGCAGGAAUGCGAAGGUUUUCUCAAUGGAACCACGGAUUAUUCGCAACUUCGCGGAGAUACCGGACCGCUCGUUUAUCCUGCCGGUUUUGUGUAUAUCUACAGUGCGCUAUACUUCUUGACGUCCCGUGGAACAAACAUUCGACUAGCACAGUACAUGUUUACAGGCAUCUACCUGCUGCAAAUUGCACUGGUUAUGCGACUUUACUGCAAGAGUCGUAAAAUCCCUCCAUACGUGAUGCUCAUCACUAUAUUCACCUCGUAUCGUAUCCACUCGAUCUACGUGUUACGGCUAUUCAACGAUCCAAUAGCCAUACUGUUCCUGUACGCCGCACUCAAUGCUUUCAUUGACGGCCGCUGGACGAUCGGGAGUGUAAUGCUGAGUUUAGGAGUAUCGGUGAAGAUGAACAUCCUCCUGUUUGCACCGGCCAUUCUGCUCCUUUUUAUCACCAAUCUGGGCUGGGUGAAAACGCUACUGCAGCUAACGGUUUGCGGCGUGAUACAGAUUGUCCUUGGUGCACCGUUUCUACUGACAUACCCGUGGCAGUACAUCAAGGGUAGCUUUGAUCUUGGCCGGGUGUUCGAACACAAAUGGACCGUUAACUAUCGCUUCCUGGAGCCAGCCAUCUUUGAAAGCAAAACGUUCCACCUGGCACUGUUGGCACUGCACCUGACGCUGUUGGUGGUCUUCGCGUCGCCCUGUUAUAAAUACUUCCAAAACUAUUGUCGUUUGCGUCACCUGGAGUUGAUGCUGGCGCCACAGAUUGCCGCUCAAAAUCGCGCAGAAAAGGAGAAGCAGGUUAAGAAGGCAAAGAAACAGACCAAGGCACUACCCGCAGUCGCGACUGGUCAGAAUGGGACAGACGAGGAGGUCCUUACCGCAGACCAGGAAAAGUUUUUGAAAUCUUUUGAAAAGGGUAUCAAAAAGAUGGGUGACAAAAAGCAGCCCGUUAAAAAUGUCCCCGUGGAAGCGGAACAGACGGAUACUACCACAGCUCCGAACAAGUUUUCCAUCCAUUUCGACCGCUCCACUCAGCUCGCAUUGUUGCCUAUUUUUCUGUCCAACUUUAUCGGCAUCGUUUGUGCCCGCAGCUUGCACUACCAAUUUUACGUAUGGUACUUCCACAGUCUUCCCUACCUCACCUGGUACACGGAAUACACGAACAGUCUAAAGUUUCUGUUACUCCUGCUGUUAGAAUUCUGUUGGAACACAUAUCCAAGCACCGUUUUAAGUAGCCUCCUGUUGCAUACUUGCCACGUGGUUUUAUUGUUCGGCAUCGGCAAAAAGAUGUUUAGGAGAAUUCCCGACCUGGCGCAGUUAAAUAAAACUGAAUGAAAGCGGGAUCGAUGUGGUGACCCUUUCAAAGGUUGGCGAAGCUGGCGAAAUGUUGCCAUAUGAGUUUGCAUUUGAAUUCUCCGUGUGAAAUGUGCCUUCAAAAAUAACUAAUGACAACGUUUGGUGUUUUGUAGUGUGAUAGAAUGAGUAAUAUUGGCAAUAGAACAAGAGAGUGUGUGUUUUUGUGUUAUACAAAAGUAAUACAAAGUUUUCAACAACUAAGUAGGCAUGUUACUUGAUUGUGCUGCCUAUUUCAAAAUUUGAUGAUACAUAAUCCUUUUGAACGAUGUUACAUACUGACUGAACAUGUCUACAUAUUUGAUGGAAACUUUGUAAUAUAUUUACGAAAAAAUGUGUAAUUUGUAAUCCAAAUAAAGACAUUUGAUUACGUGUUAAUUUAUUAAACAAAAGUAAU